AGAUUACUUCAUUUUAAUUUAGACUUAGACUUAAACAAAAUUACCUGCGCUAGGAACACACACAUCGGAAACAAUGUCGGCUGAAAUUACUUUCGAUAUGGACACCAAAGAUGAAUCGUUCUACGAUUGUAACAUAUGUCUAGACACCGCCCAGAAUGCCGUGGUCAGCAUGUGUGGUCAUUUGUUUUGCUGGCCAUGUCUGCACCAGUGGAUAUCGACGAAACCCGAUCACACAGUGUGUCCCGUGUGCAAGUCGGGCGUGGAUAGGAGCAAAGUAAUACCGGUGUACGGACGAAAUGAUAAAAGGCAGGAGGAUCCGCGGAAUAAAACUCCGCCGCGUCCAACUGGCGUUCGGUCGGAUUACAAAAAUGAUGUGGAAUGUGGACUAUUUUUGUACUUGAUUUAUUGUAUAUUCUUUCCCUAUGGUGCCCUAUCAUUUAAUCUGAAUAUUGACGAGCCACUCAAUCCUGCUCCUGGGCAGAACGCACUACUUCUUUUUACGUUGUUUCUCUUCGUGGCCAUUAUGCUCACCAUUUAUAUGAUUUUAGAUUAGCAAGAAUAGGAAUAAGAUCAAAAUAAACCAUGAUGGUGAUAAAUCAGUAUAGCCGGAAAGAUGUCGGUUCUUUACAAAUUAUGUUCAGUGAAGUUUUCGGAUAAUUAGCCAUCAAUCUUUUUAGUAUUGUGUAUCAUUAUGUAAAGCAAAUGUAAUGAAAAGUAAAUAUUCAAUUGCACUGGGGAGCAAAACUGCAUUUUAGGUUU